UCGGUUUUCCAGGCAUCGGAGAAGGGUCCAGCUGCAGACCCGGAGGAGGCCGAUUUAGGGAAAGUUAGGUUUAGGCAAGUAACUUUGCGCCGGAUAUGACUUGUUAAAUAAUUUAAAUUCCCUAUUACAACUAAUGAACACAAUACCUUUAUUUUGAAAAUCCAUUUGCCUAAAUUUACCACAGCCACUUCCGGCGUUUGUCUACCAUUACCUAAAGUUACCUCCUCCGAGUCUGCAGCUGGAUACUAUUGGGAGGUGGCAUCGCGCUGCCAACACACCAUAUCAAAUAUGACCAUCAUUCAUCACACGUCAUCUAUAAUAUGACCGUUUCUUGGUCCUGUAGAUUUGCUUAAAUGACCUUCUCUAUCCUUUUAAUGGCGAUGGUUUACCUUUGAUCCCGUUUCGUUUCUUUUGGAAACUCUGGGUGACCGGUGGCGUUUGUGGAUUGCUAUAAAUCGCCCAUACUGUACCGUACAAUAUUUUGUCGAACAUGGCCCACGACAAAGAGACUGAAGCUGAACCUCGCCUGUUCGCUUUCGCCCGAGUAGCUUCCGCAGUGUUGACACACUUCCUCGGCAUAAGCCUCACGGGCUUCGUCGCUCUUCUAGCGCGACCUGGUACAAGUUGGUUUUCCUGGCAUCCUUUUCUCAUGACACUAGCAUUCUCCUUCUUCAUGACUGAAGCCAUCCUCCUCUUCUCACCCCAUGGCUCCCCCAUGAGGAAGUUUUCCCACAAAGUGAAACGUCGUGUGCACUGGAUGCUGCAAUGCGCCUGCGUAACGUGUGCCACGCUCGGCCUGGCAGCCAUCUUUUACAACAAACACCUGCAUGGCAAGCCUCACUUCACCUCCUGGCACGGCCUGCUGGGCGUGAUCACGGUGUGCGUGGUGGCGGUCCAGUCGCUGGCCGCCGUGCCUCUCAUCUACCAUUCUUUGGUCAAAGGCUGGUCGCUGGCUAAGCUCAAGAGGUACCACGCGACCUCAGGGCUUGUCACAUACCUGUUUGGCAGCGUCAGCCUGCUCCUCGGCUUGACUUCUGGGUGGUUCACCAAGUCGGUUGGUGAUGCCACUUGGUACCUGGCGGCACUUUGUCCUAUUCUUUGUGCCCUCAUCAUCAUGAAUCAAGUCACCAGUGCUUAUGUGACAAAGAAACGUUUCCAGUCCUAAUCGGUGGUGAGAAGUAAUGAACUCUGAAUACAUAUCUUUGUUCAUGUGCAUAAGUUGAUUUUAUUCUCGAGUGAAGUUAUCAAAACGGGUAUUCAAUGUGAUUGACUCGAACAAUUUCAUUUUUUUUGUACUUGCGCAUUUUUCAGAGUGUCCUUUUUGUCUUACUUAGAGGGGAAGUCGAGUCAAACAUGUUUUUCACAAUAUUCUGUUCUUUGGGGUGCCAUGAGUCUAAACACUAUAUCCUGAGUAGUAUUGCAUUUGUGGAAUAUGAAUUCAGUGACAAAAUGUAUCCGUUAACAAUCUGAGCUGGUGGCCAUUUUGCCACUUGCUGUCCAACGUUACAUGACCAAACCCAGAAAACAGGUUCAUCGUGAUUGGUCAUUGCCUGAGCUCUUCGGCACUGUGAUGCGUGAAUGUUUUGUUCAUACUAGUGGGGCAAAUUAUGACUUACUAUAUUGUAAAGAACAUUGUUGACUUAACUUCCCCUUUAAGAAUCUUUCACUCUCUUUUUUUAAAUACACAAGUACUAGUACAGUACUUGAGUACAUCGGUCUGAAUAUCGUUACUGACACUUAUGCAGGGAUUAUGGUUUACACACAAAGCCAUAUACCUGUGUGUAUUUAUAUGGGUAACAAUUUUUUUCACUGUACAUCGCCACUGAGUGACAUGUUUCCACGAAUGCAAAUUUAUUUCACAAAAGCCCUCAAAUUGGUUUUGGGGUGGUUCUUGAUUUCAGUAUGACACUGUGGACCAAAAAUUGACAAUGCUUUUUGUCAAACGCUUACAUAAUAGCAUGUUGUGUGAAGUGUGAAGGCCAAAAUUGAUUGUCAGAUGUCAUUUUGAAUUGCCUUUAAAUUGACCUGAUUUGUACGGAAUUAUGUUUUUGAGCGCCAAAGCUGUGUUUAUUAAAAAAACUAUUCAUGCAAUAGAAGUGUUUUAUUUUUAAAAUAACAUUAAUAACAGUUAUUUUCUGCUUUUGUCUACAUGGCGUGGAUCAGCCAUUUAAGUGAACAGAAGGUAAUAAAAAAAUAAUAAAUACAUUUCAGAAACUACAUAUACUGAAAUGAGAGAAGCUACUAUUGAAAGAACACAUGAUCAAAUUAUAAAAAGUAAUUAAAAAAAUUAAAUAUCCAAUCCAUAAAAAUGACCCCACUGGACAUGAAACAACAGAGUUAAACAUAAAGCAAUGAUAACCCACUUCAAAUUCUAACAAGAGUACAAAUAUAGACAUGGGAUCUGCAUCGUUUCCAUAAUCAGCCUUUCAGAGCAACGUUACAAGAUUCUAAGACAGGCUGAAGAAAAACCAUACAGCAAAAAAAUGUCUCCACCAGUCUACUGGAAACUUUUUACAGGUUAUGCUGUCUAGUAUCAUGCUCUCCUGUUUUUUUCAUCUAUAGGCCAAUAAAACCAUCGACUCAACAGAUUCCUAAAUCGAAACAUCAGUGUGGCGUGAAUACAAAAAAAAAAACCCCACACACAAGGCUUGAGAGCAGCAAAGAUCUAAACACACCACUGACAUAACUACUAACACAGGAGGCCGUUGCAACUGGUUCGGGUGGCAAAGCCCACAACGCCACCUGGCCGGCCCAGCCCGGCCGCAGUCACUCGUGGGCGUGAGUGUGAAUGUUCUGAUGGAGACGUUGACAUUCGGUAAAUACCCGGACCACGAUGGGAAACGUUUGAGUGGCUGAGUGUUACUUUGACUUGAUCGGUUCUUGUUUUAGGAAACAAGAGCAAGUUCACAUUUGAUAUCACAAUGGUAACAAAGUAAAAAAAAAAGAGCACGUACCAAGUUAAAAUCUGGACACCCAAGACCUCUUUGUGUUAUUUAAGGCUAAAAAUGACAGAACACAAGAGUGUGUCACUGAGGGCAAGUUGAGAUACAUUCAUUUGAGUGUUAAAAGGGAGGGGGAGUGACCCCUCCCAAAACUGUCGCAAAACAAUGCAACUGUUAUCUUCCUGUAUGCCAUAAUUAUACACCUCCCGACAAGCUGAAAUGAAUUUGUUGAAAUAUAAACAAUGAGAAUAACUGCUAUAUACAGAUAUCUACAGUUUUAUAAUGAGUCACGGAACCACAAUCUCUUUUCCAAAUGGGAUGCUCUACUUUUUGGCAGACUCAAAUAUUUCAGUGGAUUUUUAUUUAUUGAUAUUUUUUAAUAUUUGGGUUGUGAAAUUAGUCCGUGGCCACGAUGAGUGUGAUGAAUUUUGCACGGUGUGAAAUAAAAUCUGUCGGGAAUUCGGCCUGUGA